AUGAAAGAGGCUCCGAUAGAGCAAGCUACCUCAAAGGAACGUACCGCGAAGGCGGAUAGGAAGGAACGGGACAAGGAGAAGCGAGCCGAAAAAGAAAAGAUAAGAAGCAGGAACGGAAGUAGAAGUAGAAGUAGUAGUCGGGAGGGGAAGUUGUCAUCAUCCUCCCCACCCGCAGUAAAAACGCUGACAGCUGUGGACGAUAGCGAGAUCUUUCGGGUCCCCAGAAGAGUAGGGGAGAGAGGGAAAUCAAAGGAUGGAGUAAGAUCGAGGGAUAGCUUCAGAGAACAGUCGAGAACGAGAGCUGACUCGAUAUCUGAAACCCGAUCGGAGGACGAGGAAUCAGUGGCCUCGAUCACCUCCAGGGGUAAGAAGCAGAAGAUAAUCGGACCGGAAGUGUCGGACCGGCUGAAGGCCUCACCAAGGGAUGUCGGCGCUGAAGUCCUGCGCCAUCAGGCAGAAGUCCUAAGGGUGGCAGUCAGGUCCUCUAAUCUAAAGGGGACGUACAUUAGAACCCAUAGAGACGCUACGGAAUACACUGUUGCGGCAUGGUCUCACCAGACUUCCGCCUUUCCAAUGCCGGACUUCCUAGACGAAAGGACGAGGGAGGCGUGCAAGGCGAAGUUGGAAUCAAUGGAAAGAAGGAUUGAGGACAUGGUAAGAAAAAUGAACGAGUUCCAGAAGGGAACAACAGGGGCAGCGGUACCAACGGAAUCGGACAGGCAGAGCAGCCCAAUAAAGGAUCGCGGAAGAGAUGAUGUAAGGCCUGAAAUGGAGGCCCUGAAAAAGAAAAGCAGCAAGCAUUACCGACACCGUGCAUCUCCAGAUUGCAAUACCGUGGCCAGCUUUGGAAGCAGUUCCUCUGAGAGUCGAGGAGGACUGAAUCGAUAUUACCGUCAAGCUUGGGAAAAUCUGCAUGAGACGGCCGGUCAUAAGACCAAUCAUCCUCCUCUUCGUCGCAAGGAGACCCUGGAUGAACCGGGAUACCGAGAAAAUUACCGUGGCAACAACACCAAGAGAGAUGGUUCAGAAUUAGUUGUGAGCGAUGUAGCCACGUACCCGUCUAACAAGCACGCCAGCAUUUCUGACAAGAAACGCCAUCAUCAUCAUCAUCAUCAUCACCACGGUAACUCUACGCCCGAAUGGAGGCAGUCUCAGUCUCAUCACAGAUACUAA